UUGCAGUGAAUCAAAACUUCCGCUCACCCUUGAGAACGAUCAUGGCGUCUCCAUUAUUAUUAUUAUUAUUGGCCACAGGCUCUUUUCUCGGCCCUUUCUCGCUCUUUUUGGGGCUGCCCAUGGACCGCGGUAAAAAGAUGUAUCGUCUGACGUAGUCCUGCCGUCUCCAGCUAUAUAGCACCCGGUCUCCCCUCUGCCACCGUUCCCACGGUCCUUCCCUUUCCCCGGCUUUUCCAUCUCUCCUCUCGUCGAUCGAUACCAUCAGUGAUCUUAUAUAGCUUUAUAUUUACUGGAAGUCUCUCUUGAAUUGGGAUACGCAGAGAGAGACUCUAUAUACGCCGUUGUCGAUCACGAGGAUUCUUAUCUCCUCAAACUACGGGAACAUAAAUUCCACACAGGAACACCAAGACAAACCGAGCAGUCUUUCACUCACCAUGACUUCCGUCGAGGCUCAGCUGAAGGAUGUUGCCAUCCUGGGCAACGUGAGCAACGAAGCCCGCAAGAUCCUCAGCAAGGAGGCCGUGGCCUUCCUGGCUCUGCUGCACCGCACCUUCAACCCCACCCGCAAGGCUCUGCUCCAGCGCCGGAUUCAGCGCCAGGCUGAGAUUGACCGAGGAAACCUGCUCGACUUCCUGCCCGAGACCAAGCACAUCCGUGAGAACGAUGCCUGGAAGGGUGCCCCUCCAGCUCCUGGUCUCGUCGACCGCCGUGUUGAGAUUACCGGCCCAACGGACCGCAAGAUGGUCGUCAACGCCCUGAACUCCGAUGUCUGGACCUACAUGGCCGACUUUGAAGACUCUUCCGCUCCCACCUGGGACAACAUGAUCAACGGCCAGGUCAACCUGUACGAUGCCAUCCGUCGCCAGAUCGACUUCACCCAGGGUGGCAAGGAGUACAAGCUCCGUACCGACCGCACCCUCCCUACCCUGAUUGCUCGUGCUCGAGGCUGGCACCUCGAGGAGAAGCACUUCACCGUUGACGGUGAGCCUAUCUCCGGCAGUCUGUUCGACUUCGGUCUUUACUUCUUCCACAACGCCAAGGAGCUGGUCGCCCGUGGCACCGGUCCUUACUUCUACCUGCCCAAGAUGGAGUCUCACCUCGAGGCCCGUCUCUGGAACGACGUCUUCAACCUGGCUCAGGACUACAUUGGCAUGCCCCGUGGUACCAUCCGUGGUACCGUCCUGAUCGAGACCAUCACCGCUGCUUUCGAGAUGGACGAGAUCAUCUACGAGCUCCGCGACCACAGCUCCGGUCUCAACUGCGGUCGCUGGGACUACAUCUUCUCCUUCAUCAAGAAGUUCCGCAACAACCCCAACUUCGUUCUCCCCGACCGUGCCGACGUCACCAUGACCGUCCCCUUCAUGGACGCCUAUGUCAAGCUGCUCAUCAAGACCUGCCACCGCCGUGGUGUCCACGCCAUGGGUGGUAUGGCCGCUCAGAUCCCCAUCAAGAACGACCCGGCUGCCAAUGAAAAGGCCAUGGAGGGUGUCCGUGCCGACAAGCUCCGUGAGGUCCGUGCUGGUCACGACGGUACCUGGGUUGCUCACCCUGCCCUGGCCUCUAUUGCCUCGGAGAUCUUCAACAAGUACAUGCCUACUCCCAACCAGCUGUUUGUCCGCCGCGAGGAUGUCAACAUCACCGCCAAUGACCUGCUGAACACCAACGUUCCCGGUAAGAUCACCGAGGACGGUAUCCGCAAGAACCUCAACAUCGGUCUCUCCUACAUGGAGGGCUGGCUCCGUGGUGUUGGCUGUAUCCCUAUCAACUUCCUGAUGGAGGAUGCCGCUACCGCUGAGGUCUCCCGCAGCCAGCUGUGGCAGUGGGUCAAGCACGGUGUGACCAGCAGCGAGGGCAAGAAGAUCGACAAGGCCUACGCUCUCCGUCUGCUGCAGGAGCAGGCCAACGAGCUUGCCACCAAGGGCCCCAAGGGCAACAAGUUCCAGCUGGCUGCUCGCUACUUCGCCGACCAGGUCACUGGUGAGGACUACGCUGAGUUCUUGACCACCCUGCUGUACAACGAGAUCUCCACGCCUGGCGCUGCUGCCAAGCUGUAAACUCGUUUCGAUGCAGUGCCCGGUCUUUAGUGAUACCCAUGUUGAAGUUUGACGCCGGCAGAAAACCUUCGCCACGCCCUACAUCAUCAGAAAACAAAAUCUGGUGAUGGGAAACCGAAAGGAAAAUUGUUGCGUGGAGUCCUACUUUGGACUGUUUUUCAGUGAAAUUGUCUGGAUCGGACAGUGGAUUUUUGAGUUUCUUUUAGCGGUUUGAUGAAAACUUUUCUACGGUCAUGUAUAUUUUCCAUAGUUUUAUGAGAAAUGCAGGUUUCCUUAACCUUUCCAUUUAUUUCACGUUCCGGUCCAAGUAAGAAUAAGUAGGCUCAAAUACAGUGGCGGAUACUAUUUUGGGGAAAACGACGGUGUUAGUUUUCGGUUCGUAUUGGAUGUUCUCUAUCUCCGAUAUCGACUGCUUCAGAGCC